AUGGCUGACACUUUACGAAAACUGGUGAAGUCAUCUCCGUAUGGUGUUUUGCAGGACAAACUGGAAGCUUGGUUUGCUGACACCCAUAUUGAACUGGACUCCACAAAGAAUAAAUCUGCAACCACCCAGUUGGCCACAGAAGAUGAAAUACUACGUCUAAAGGCAGAGUUGCGAGUUGCUCAAGAUCAGGUUAAUCUGUAUAAGAGAAAGCUGAAUGUACUUGAUGACUAUGAGAAACAGGUCAGAAUUCUAAGAGAUGAGAUCUCGUUUCUCACCACUGAAAAAACUGUUCUGCAGGAGAGAUUGGUCAGGAGCCGUUCACCUAGUCCUCUUCCCCACCGGAGUAGCUCCGUUAGCCCUGUGAAGGGGGAGUCUCCUACACGCGGACAGCUCACCAGUUCCUCUCGGCACACGCGGCUGAUCUCCCGUUUCUCAGAUCUGUACACCACAGAGAGACUGGAAUCACAGAGUCUCCUGCACAGAUACAUUGAUGACCUAGAAACAGUCCAGAGGAUCCUUUUCAUCGCCGUUGUGGAAUCAUUUCAGGCUGCUAAGCUUGCCUAUCAUCAGUUUAAAACACGUGUGAGGAACACACUUUCCUCCACUCCCAUUGGUCCUGAGAGUUUGGAGGAUGCAUUGGUGGAUUACAUUGUGAGAAAUCUGGAUCUGUAUAUUGUGCUGAUCAGCGUUAAUGAUGUCAUAAACGUGAUGAAUUUAUACCCACACAUCUCUUUUCCUCCAGAGGUGGACUUUGUUCUGAUCAGCAGCUUCAUUAGGGAAGCAUGUCGAAUAGCGUUUGCUAUGCAAACUCUGGACCCACCACUGGACCUGGCUUUCAGCUCAGAUGGAGAACUUUACAGUGACGUUAAGUACAGGCACAGUUUUGACUCUGAGUUCACUGCUCCGCUGGUGGCAUAUCACGUGUGGCCUGCACUGUUAUGUGGAGCUCUGUGGAGAAGCAGGAGUCGAAGCUCCAGUCCUGUUUGCUCUCGCUCAGGAAGCCCCUGCCGCACGUUUGUGAGUUCACACUCUCAAUCUCCCUGUGUGAGGGGGCAUUUGAAUGUGUCCCGGUUGUGUUUUGUGAGCUAUGUUGAGUGA